GAGCACGCGGCGAUCGGCGGUGCACUGUGUCCCACUGAUCUACGGAAAGAGCCGAACAUGUCAGCUCGGUCAUGUGAUCAGCUGUGUCCAAUCACAGCUGAUCACAUAGCACUGAUGAUCAGUGUGCCCUGAUGAUCUGUGUUGCCCCAGCAGCGCCACCUGUCCGUGUCCAUCAGUGCCAGCUCUGUGCUCAUCCAUGCCACCUGCCAGUGCUCAUCAGUGCCACAUUUCAGUGCCACAUCAAUGCCACAUAUCAGUGCCCAUCUGAGCUGCCUUUCAGUGUUACCCACCAGUGCCAGUCAGUGCCACCUAUCAAUGCCAAUCAGUGCCACCUAGCAGUGCUGCCAGUCAGUGUCACCUAUCAGUGCCAGUCAGUGCUG